AUGUGCGGGGAGUGCCUGCUCAGGGCAGAGGCCGGCGUGAAGUUGCAAGAGCCCGAGGUGCAUCGUGAGUUCUCUCCGGAAAGUUGGCCCUGGUGCGUGGGACCCUUGGCCGUGGCUGGCUGCGUGGGCUGCUGGGAAGGUGUGGGCAGGGACCUGCCUUCCACACAGGACCCUUGGCGAGAGCAGUGGCAGCCUCUGGGGUCCAAGAUCACAGCCGCAUCUCGUGCUCGUGUUCACGUAGGCAUUGCCCUGCCGUCUGAAUUACAGUUUGAAAGGCUGACCCGAGAGCUAGAGGCAGAACGCCAGAUCGUCGCCAGCCAACUGGAGCGAUGCAAGCUUGGAUCCGAGACCGGCAGCAUGAGCAGUGUCAGGAGACCUGAUGCUUGGAAGACUGAUGAUGAUGAUGCUGAUGAUGAUUUUGACAAGAGUCGGUCUGGAGCUCAAAGACAAUCUUUUGGAUCCUCCAUCUGCAGUGGCACCGCCACCAAUGUGCAGAUUUUCGUGAAGACCCAGACGGGGAAGACCAUCACUCUCGAGGUCGAACCCUCGGAUGCAGUAGAAAACGUAAAGGCCAAGAUCCAGGACAAGGAAGGAAUUCCUCCUGACCAGCAAAGACUGAUCUUUGCAGGCAAGCAACUGGAAGAUGGACGUACUUUGUCUGACUACAACAUUCAGAAGGAGUCCACUCUUCAUCUUGUGUUGAGUCUUCGUGGUGGUGCUAAGAAAAGGAAGAAGAAGUCAUACACCACUCCCAAGAAGAACAAGCGUAAGAGAAAGAAGGUUAAGCUGGCUGUCCUGAAAUACUAUAAGGUGGAUGAGAAUGGCAAAAUCAGUCUCCUUCGUUGGGAGUGCCCUUCAAAUGAAUGUGGUGCUGGAGUUUUUAUGGCCAGCCACUUUGACAGACAUUGUGGCAAAUGUUGUCUGACCUAUUGUUUCAACAAACCAGAAGACAAGUAA